GUUGUCCCUCCAUAAAUGUGUUGCUUACUGUUGUGUGUUUGUGUUGCAGGAGACGACGAGGUGAUGAGGUUCGUGGGCAACGACACCCACGACGAGCACUUCAAGCUGGUCCUCCACGACUCGUCUGGUUCACUGCUGGUCGGCGGGAGGAACGUGAUAUAUAACAUCAGCGUGAGCGACCUCCAGGAGCAGAACCAGAGGGUGGAAUGGCACCCCAACGCGGCGCAGAUGAAGUCGUGCUACAUGAAGGGCGGGUCCGAGGAGGUGUGCCAGAACUACGUGCGUAUCCUGAAGGAGAAGGCCCCAGGUCACUUCCUCAUCUGCGGCACCAACGCCUACAACCCCAUGUGCAGGGACUUUACACUAUCGGGUGGAGUGCUGGAGCGCGAGAGGGAGUACCCAGGUCGUGGACUCUGCCCCUUCGACCCCUCCCACAACAGCACCGCCGUCUUCGCUGAUGGUCAGUUGUACGUGGGAACCAUCGCGGACUUCGCAGGACUAGAGCCUCUUAUCUACCGCGAACCUCUGCGGACUGAGCAGUACGAUCUCUCCACUUUAAAUUCUCCAAAUUUUGUGAGUUCUUUCGCCCUGGGGGACUUUGUCUACUUCUUCUUCAGAGAGAUCGCGGUGGAGUACCUCAACUGUGGCAAGACGCUGUAUUCACGCGUGGCCAGAGUGUGUCGCCACGAUAAAGGAGGACCCCACAAGUUCCGCAACAAGUGGACCUCCUACCUCAAGUCCAGACUCAACUGCUCUGUCUCUGGGGACUUUCCUUUCUAUUUCAACGAGAUACAGGCAACAACAGAAGCUGUCGAGGGACGUUAUGGUGGUCAUGCCACAACCCUUCUGUAUGGUGUCUUCACCACCCCAGAGAAUUCCAUUCCUGGGUCUGCUGUGUGUGCUUUCACAUUCCAAGAUAUCAUGGACACUUUUGAGGGUCCAUUCAAGGGUCAGACCUCAGUAAAUGCCAAUUGGCUACCAGUUCAAAGCACGAAGGUACCUGAACCAAGACCAGGUCAGUGUGUAAAGGACUCAAGUACACUGCCAGAUGUCACACUGAACUUCAUUAAAUUACAUUCACUGAUGGAUGAAGCUGUACCAGCUUUCUUCGGCAAGCCUAUAAUCAUCAGCACUAGUUUCCACUAUAGUGGUCGUUUCACAUCUAUAGCGGUGGACCCACAAGUUCGAACACCUGAUGGGAAGGCCUAUGAUGUUCUCUUCAUAGGUACAGAUGAUGGCAAAGUGAUAAAAGCUGUCAACACGAAGUCAGCUGACUCUUAUCAAGAAGUAGAUCCAUUCAUUAUUGAGGAGAUAGAUGUGUUCCCAUCACACAUUGCAGUUACAUCACUACAAGUGAUCAAACCCAGAGGAAAGCCACCACGUUUACUAGUUGGCUCACGUUCAAUGAUCCAUUCAAUUUCAUUGAAUCGUUGUUACACAGACAAAAGUGUAUCAUGCAGUGAUUGUGUUGCUCUACAAGAUCCUUAUUGUGCCUGGGACAAGACUAAUCGUAAAUGUCGUAUGCUAGGGAUUGGGAAAGAAAUGAUUCAAAAUAUCAGUGAUGGUGUUCACAGUGACUGUGGAAAGCCAGACAAGAAAUCUAAACCAUCCCACUCUGCUGCCUCUGUUACCCUUGGCACAUCAGGCACUUCUCUUCCUGUUGCUCCCAAGGAUGAUCGAGACCACAAACCAACGAGUACUGAGGGUGUCCCCUUACAUUUUACCGCUGAAACUCUGGCCAUAGCUGUAGCAUCUGCAACUAUUGGUGCGCUCAUCUUAGGGUUUAUAACUGGAUUUUUCUGUGGCAAGAAGUGCAACAAGGACGAAGACAAUCAGCUGUAUGCGGAUACUGAUUAUGAGUAUUUUGAUCAGAGACAAAAUGCUAAUAGCCGGCUGACAGGAGAACUCCAAGAAGAAGUAACAUAUGCAGAGCCCGUUUUGGUUCCCCAGGCUCUCAAUAAACCUGUUAAUCUUGUGCUGAACAUGUCUCCUAAGGCUACCUUAAAAACACCUGGCUCUAAUACUCCUGGAGGGAAUGUGGGGACUGUAGGAGCCCCCAUGGGACCAUCUCUAGGGCUUCCUACUACUGGAGUGUCAGCAGGACCUCAUGAUAUUCCCUUGCAUUACACACCAGAGUCAUACUCUACUCACGGAACUCUGCGUUCAUCAGAGAAGUAUGGAACAAGGGGCCGUGAUCACCGACCACGAGAUUAUGACCACAGGCUGGUUGAUGGAUACUCAACCACCCGCUCUGUCAAGAAGGUGUACCUGUGAGGUGCCUGCCCCCACAAUUCCCCAGCCCCCCUUAAAGAGCACUCAAGUCUCCUGUAUAUUGUGAACUUGAGUCAUAGCCUCACCAUAGCUUUGCAUUAUUUGCUGGAAGCGCGUGGGUGGGCUGGCCAGGUGUGGGCAUGUGGGAUAGACGGAUUUGUGAGCUCUAAGAGUCCCACACAGAAGGUCACGUUCUAGUCCCCACUCACCGCCAGUAUUAUGUACAUACCACCCUAGUGCCAAGAGACACUUCUACUCCUUCGGUAAAACUCCUGUAAUCAAAGUAUUCUGUAGCUAGUGUCAUGUAAAUCAAAUCAUUGAGUCAUGAGACACUGCUGGCAAUACUCGAUGUGACGUUAGCAAGCAUGAGAAGACGUAGGGUGUAAGAAGUGACUUAGUUUAAAGUAGAAACAAUAUAACAAUAAUACAAUGGAGGUUUUAAUAACAAAGCACUGACAUUAUUUGUAAAAUACAAGAUAUUUCUUGAUGGUCCUCAAUCAGUGAAGAAAAAAGAUAAAGGAACUGAUACAGUCAGCUGUUAUAUUACCGUCUGAUUGAAUAAAGUUGUAGUUUUACAAUCAACCCAUUUAAAAUGAAUUGAUGUAAACUUUCUAGAGUUAUAAGACAUGAUUAGAGGUGUCUAAUACAAAAAUACACAAUAGUUUGACUUUUGCAAAAUGUUGAAUGCAUACGUUAUGUGAACAGGACUGAAGAUAUAAUUUAUGGUGUUUGAUACAGAUGCAUCUAAGCAUUUUUUAACCAAUUGUUGAGUGUUAACACCAAAGCAUCAUGUAGCCUAGUUAGUGGUGUUUACAGUGCAGACAAAUGGAUAACUCAACCUGGUUAAAGUUGGGUGAUACAAACACCAGAGAAGAGAUGAUUUGAUAAAACUACAUUAUCUCCACACACAAGAAUCAUAUAGCAUGAUUGAGGUUUUCGUACCAGAUUAUGGGACCAUAUAGUGUGAUGUCACAUAAUCUGGCAGGCUUAAUUUGUGUAUCUCUUGUAACUUGUAUAGGGCCUGUGAUAAGUGAUACUGCUUGGACACUCGACAUCACAACUGUGUGUAAGGAAUUCUGAGGGGUCACUGACUCCUCUGCUCUUGUCUAGUAUAUAUGCUAUGUAAUAUAUCACCCAAUCCUAUUGCUAUAUUCUCAUAGACAAUUUUGCUCGAAAUUCCUUCUGUCUCGGUCUUCACUCUGAUAAUUUUUAUUUAGACUGGAUGAUCUGUAUAUAGUGUACUCUUGUCCAUUGUAGAAGUAUUUAAUAACAAGUGGUUGGAUCAGCAAUAUUUUAGCCUUUGAAUACAAGUUCCCCAAGGCUAUUACUCCCAACUAUAGAUUGGUAAGGAAUUUAAUACAAAGCAUGAGAGGUUAUCAAUUGCUGAUCUUUUCACAAAGGUGAACUGACAAGUCAUAUUUCCAACAGUACAUUGUGUCUGAUAAGGAAUGAAAUGGGUAAUUACAUGCUUAGGCUGAUACAGUUUUUCUCAGUAUGAUAUUCUGACAAA